AUGGGUGCCAGGAGUGGGAGCCGGGCCCUGGUGUGGGCCCUUGCAGCUCUGCUGCUGGUGUGGCCAUCAGGUAAGGGCAAAGCAGCCCACCCCACACCCUGGUCGACUUGGCCGGUGACCUUCACCCCGUCCAUUACUGUCUACCCUGCCGUGAACUCCCGUGCCCCUGCGCACAACGGCCGUGUGUGCAGCACCUGGGGCAACUUCCACUACAAGACCUUCGACGGCGCCGUCUUCCGCUUCCCCGGCCUCUGCAACUACGUGUUCUCUGCGCACUGCGGCGCCGCCUACGAGGACUUCAACAUCCAGCUACGCCGCGGCCUCGUGGCCUCCCAGCCAGCGGUCACCCGCGUAGUGCUCAAGGCCCAGGGGCUGGUGCUGGAGCUGAGCAACGGCUCAGUCCUCCUUGGAGGGCAGCGGGAGGACCUGCCCCUGAGCCGCGCAGGCCUUCUGGUGGAGCGAAAUAGCCAUUACGUCAAGGUCAGCCUCCGCGGGAUCCUCACCUUCGUGUGGAAUGAGGACGACAGCGCCCUGCUGGAGCUGGACCCCAAGUAUGUGAACCAGACGUGCGGACUCUGUGGGGACUUCAACGGACUCCCAGCUGCCGGCGAGUUUUAUGGCCACUACGCCAGGCUCAGCCCCCUGCAGUUCGGCAACCUACAGAAGCUAGACGGCCCCACCGAGCAGUGCCAGGACCCCCUGCCCUCGCCAGCUGCCAACUGCACAGAUGAGGAGGAUGUCUGCCACCGCACACUGCUGGGACCUGCCUUUGCCGAGUGCCAUAUGCUGGUGGACGUCGAUGCCUACGUGGCCGCCUGUGUGCAAGACCUGUGCCGCUGCCCCAGCUGCCCAUGUGCCACGUUUGCCGAGUAUUCCCGCCAGUGCACCCACGCCGGUGGCCGGCCGCAGAACUGGAGGCGGCCCGACCUCUGCCCCCGCACCUGCCCCCUCAACACUCAGCCCCAGGAGUGUGGCUCGGCCUGUGCCAGCACCUGCUCCAACCCCCAGCACGCCCAGCUCUGCGAGGACCACUGCACCGAUGGCUGCUUCUGCCCCCCAGGCACGGUGCUGGAUGACAUUACACACUCGGGCUGCUUGCGCCUAGAGCAGUGCCCCUGCACCCACGGGGGCCGCAGCUUCGCCCCAGGGGCCUCCUUCUCAACCAGCUGCAGCUCAUGCACCUGCGCUGGGGGAAUGUGGCAGUGCCAGGACGUGCCGUGCCCGGGCACCUGCACCGUGAGGGGUGGGUCGCACAUCUCCACCUAUGACGAGAAGCUCUACGACUUACAUGGCGACUGCAGUUACGUCCUGUCCAAGCAAUGUGCUGACCACACCUUCACCGUGCUGGCCGAGCUGCGGAGGUGCGGCCUGACGGACAGUGAGAGUUGCCUCAAGGCAGUGACCCUCAGCCUUCCCAGCACAGACACGGUCAUCCGGAUCCAGGCGGGCGGAUCCGUGUUCGUGAACUCCAUCUACACCCAGCUGCCCGUGUCUGCAGCCAACAUCACCGUCUUCAGCCCCUCCUCCUUCUUCAUCGUGGUGCACACCAGCCUCGGCCUGCAGCUGCAGGUGCAACUGGUACCCCUCAUGCAGGUGUUCCUCAGGCUGGACCCUGCCCACCGCGGCCAGAUGUGUGGCCUCUGCGGGAACUUCAAUCAGAACCAGGCGGACGACUUCGCGGCCCUCAGCGGCGUGGUGGAGGGCACAGGGGCUGCCUUCGCCAACACGUGGAAGACCCAAGCUACCUGCCCGGAUGCCAAGAACAGCAUUGAGGACCCCUGCUCGCUCAGUGUGGAGAAUGAGAACUACGCCCAGUACUGGUGCUCGCGGCUGACCGACCCUGCCGGCGCCUUCGCAUCCUGUCACUCCACCGUCAACCCCACGUCCUUCCACUCGAACUGCCUGUUUGACACCUGCAACUGUGAGAAGAGCGAGGAGUGCAUGUGUGCAGCGCUGGCCUCCUACGUGCACGCCUGCGCCGCCAAGGGCGUGCUGCUGCGCGACUGGCGGGACGGCGUCUGCACCAAGUACAUGAGCGGCUGCCCCAAGUCACAGAACUACUCCUACGUGGUAGACAGCUGCCAGCCCACCUGCCGUGCCCGCAGCGAGCCCGACCUCACCUGCGCCAUCAGUUUCGUGCCCGUGGACGGCUGCACCUGCCCUCAGGGCACCUUCCUGAAUGACGUGGGCACCUGCGUGGCCGCCCAAGAGUGUCCCUGCUAUUUCCUGGGCCUGGUGAUGGCACCCGGAGAGGUGGUCCAUGACCAGGGCACCGUGUGCUCGUGCUCUGGUGGGAAGCUGAGCUGCCUGGGAGCCUCACUGCUGCGGACAGGGAAUGGCACGGGCUGCGCGGCGCCGAUGGUCUAUGUGGACUGCAGCGACACCCCAGCCGGAACCCCGGGCGCCGAGUGCCUCCGGAGCUGCCACACGCUGGAUGUGGACUGCUUCAGCACACACUGCGUGUCUGGCUGUGUGUGCCCGACUGGGCUGGUGUCAGACGGGAGCGGGGGCUGUGUGGCCGAGGAGGACUGCCCUUGCCUGCACAAUGAGGCUGCCUACCAGCCGGGCCAGACCAUCCGUGUGGGCUGCAACACCUGCACUUGCAGAAAGCGCAGGUGGGAGUGCAGCCAGAGGCCCUGCCUGGGCACCUGCGUGUCCUACGGGGACGGCCACUUCAUCACCUUCGACGGCCAGCGCUACAGCUUUGAAGGCAACUGCGAGUACACCCUGGCCCAGGACUACUGUGGGGGCAACGGCACGGCUGACGGCUCCUUCCGCAUCCUCACCGAGAACGUGCCCUGUGGCACCACGGGGACCACCUGCUCCAAGGCCAUCAAGCUGUUCCUGGAGGGCACGGAGCUGCUCCUGGAGGAGGGGGCAGUCAAGGUGGCAGAAAGCGCACCUGCCAGGGACCUUACCUACAGGGUCCGCCACAUGGGCCUGUUCCUGGUGAUCGAGACCCGCCAUGGGGUGGUCGUGGCCUGGGACCGCAAGACCAGCGUGUUCAUCUGGCUAAGCCAGGAUUACAAGGGCAGGGUCUGCGGCCUGUGUGGGAACUUUGACGACAACGCCAUCAACGACUUCACCACGCGGAGCCAGUCCGUGGUGGGCGAUGCCCUGGAGUUCGGGAACAGCUGGAAGUCCUCGCCAUCCUGCCCGGACGCCCAGGCGCCCGAGGACGCCUGCACUGCCAACCCCUACCGCAAGUCGUGGGCCCAGAGGCAAUGCAGCAUCCUCAACAGUGCCACCUUCGCUGCCUGCCAUUCUCAGGUUGACUCUGCCAAGUACUACGAGGCCUGCGUGCAGGACGCCUGCGCCUGUGACUCGGGGGGUGACUGUGAGUGCUUCUGCACUGCCGUGGCCGCCUACGCCCAGGCCUGCCGCGAGGCGGGCGUGUGCGUGUCCUGGAGGAGCCCGGACGUCUGCCCCCUGUUUUGCGAGUACUACGACUCCCACGGGGAGUGUCAGUGGCACUAUGACCCGUGCGGGGCUCCCUGCCUGAGAACCUGCCGGAACCCUGAGGGCCAGUGCCUGGUGGACCUGCCCGGCCUGGAAGGCUGCUACCCAAGGUGCCCUCCAGAUGAGCCCUUCUUCAGCGAGGACCAGAUGAAGUGUGUGGCUCAGUGCGGCUGCUAUGACCAAGAUGGACACUACUAUGACAUUGGUGCGCGGGUCCCCACGACGGAGAACUGCCAGACCUGUAACUGCACUCCAGGCGGCCUGCAGUGCACACACAGCCUUGCAGCCUGUAGCUGCAAUUAUGAGGGCAAGGCCUAUGGCUACGGGGGUGUCAUCUACAACACAACCGAUGGCCUUGGUGCCUGCCUGAUCGCCGUCUGCGGGGAAAACGGCACCAUCUCACGGAGGACGGAGGAAUGCCCCGGGGUCUCCACCACAGCCCCCUUCACCUUCACCACCACCGCCGUCCCACCACCCACCACAGAGCCCACCACCUCUACCACUUGCAAUCGCGAAGUCUGCAGCUGGUCCCCCUGGUAUGACGGAGGCCGCCCUGAGCCUGGCAUGGCUGGCGGCGACUUCGAGACAUUUGCGAACCUCAGGCACAGGGGGUACCAGCUGUGCUGGAGCCCAGUGGACAUCGAAUGCCGUGCCCAGCAACUGCCUGACAUCCCCUUAGAGGAGCUGGGCCAGAGGGUGGACUGCGACCUGAGCCGGGGACUCACCUGCUUCAACGGAGAGCAGAGUCCGCCACUCUGCCACAACUACGAGCUGCGUGUGCUGUGCUGCCAGCCCACACCGUGCGAGCCCACAACAGGAAUCACAUCCCAGCCUAGAGUGACCCAGUGCAAACCCCGCUGCCAGUGGACAGAGUGGCUGGACGUGGACUACCCCACGUCUGAGGAGACAGGUGGGGACAUGGAGACCUACGAGAACAUGCGGGCUGCAGGACUGGCCAUAUGCGCACAGCCACAAGACAUCCAGUGUGAGGCUGAGAACUACCCCGGGCAGUCCCUGGAGCAGCUGGGUCAGAAGGUGCACUGUGAUGUACGUGUGGGCUUGGUGUGCCGCAACCAGGAGCAACCGGGCCUGUUCAGCAUGUGCUACAACUACAGGGUCCGUGUGCUGUGCUGCGAGGUCAGCCACUGCGGGUCCAGCCUCUCCACACCAUCCAUUACCAUCCCCACGACCACCAAGCCAAAAACAAGUGCAUGGAUGCUAAAGACAUCUCUAGGCAGCAGCACUCCAGCCACUGCCAGCCACAGAGUGACCCAGUGCAAACCCCGCUGCCAGUGGACAGAGUGGCUGGACGUGGACUACCCCACGUCUGAGGAGACAGGUGGGGACAUGGAGACCUACGAGAACAUGCGGGCUGCAGGACUGGCCAUAUGCGCACAGCCACAAGACAUCCAGUGUGAGGCUGAGAACUACCCCGGGCAGUCCCUGGAGCAGCUGGGUCAGAAGGUGCACUGUGAUGUACGUGUGGGCUUGGUGUGCCGCAACCAGGAGCAACCGGGCCUGUUCAGCAUGUGCUACAACUACAGGGUCCGUGUGCUGUGCUGCGAGGUCAGCCACUGCGGGUCCAGCCUCUCCACACCAUCCAUUACCAUCCCCACGACCACCAAGGUGCCCAGCACCCAGAAAAACCGCUGGUCACCCACUGCAGCCACGACAACAAGGGGGUCACAGACCACAAGCCAUGUGCUGACAAGCACAGAGCAGCCAUCCACCUUGCAGCCAAAAACAAGUGCAUGGAUGCUAAAGACAUCUCUAGGCAGCAGCACUCCAGCCACUGCCAGCCACAGAGUGACCCAGUGCAAACCCCGCUGCCAGUGGACAGAGUGGCUGGACGUGGACUACCCCACGUCUGAGGAGACAGGUGGGGACAUGGAGACCUACGAGAACAUGCGGGCUGCAGGACUGGCCAUAUGCGCACAGCCACAAGACAUCCAGUGUGAGGCUGAGAACUACCCCGGGCAGUCCCUGGAGCAGCUGGGUCAGAAGGUGCACUGUGAUGUACGUGUGGGCUUGGUGUGCCGCAACCAGGAGCAACCGGGCCUGUUCAGAAUGUGCUACAACUACAGGGUCCGUGUGCUGUGCUGCGAGGUCAGCCACUGCGGGUCCAGCCUCUCCACAUCAUCCAUUACCAUCCCCACGACCACCAAGGUGCCCAGCACCCAGAAAAACCGCUGGUCACCCACUGCAGCCACGACAACAAGGGGGUCACAGACCACAAGCCAUGUGCUGACAAGCACACAGCCACGUUCCACAUUCAGAACGUGGACAACACAGACGUCCCCAGGCAGCUCCCUGACCACAAGCCACGUGACCACAACAGGCACAGAGCAGCCGUCUACCACCCAGCCUGAGACAACCAGCACGUGGACAACACAGACGUCCCCAGGCAUCACCGUGCCCGAUGCGUCCAGUCCCUGCCAGCCCCGCUGCCAGUGGACAGAGUGGUUUGAUGUGGACUUUCCCGCCUCGGGUGUUGCAGGAGGGGAUAUGGAGACCUAUGAGAACAUCAGGGCAGCUGGUGGCAAGAUGUGCCCGGCCCCAAAGCAGAUUGAGUGUCGUGCAGAGAAUUACCCCGAGGUCAGCAUUGACCAGAUUGGGCAGGUGGUCACCUGCAGCCUGGAGGUGGGGCUGGUGUGCAGGAACACAGAGCAGCAGGGCGGCUUCGCCAUGUGCUUCAACUACAACGUGCGCAUGCUUUGCUGUGAUGACUACAGCCACUGUCACCCACCCUCUGCCUCCACCACCACGCUGUACCCCAGCACAGGCAGUGCCAUGCCAGGGACAUCGAGCACCACAGCCACAUCAAGCCCACCUACUGCAAUGCUGGGGACACACAGCACUCACACUCCAAAGACCCCUCACACGCAUGCAGUCCUCAGCACGCGCGCCGUCACCUCAGUGGCCACACACUACUCGCCACACUCCUCCACAGCAGAGAUGGUGCACCGCUCCCCUACCGUGACCGUCCCUCCAUCCUCAGAGCAGACCACAGUGACCACCACGCCCAUGACCACAAGAUCCACAGGGCCACCCUCCUCCACUGUGGGGACCAUCCCUCCAUCUUCAACAUUGACCACCAUGGCCACCUCGCCUACCUCCACAAGAUCCACAGGGCCACCCUCCUCCACUGUGGGGACCAUCCAUCCAUCCUCAGAGCAGACCACAGUGACCACCACGCCCAUGACCACUUCGUCCAUGGCCACGAGAUCCACAGGGCCACCCUCCUCCACUGUGGGGACCAUCCCUCCAUCUUCAACACUGACCACCACGGCCACCUCGUCCCUGGCCACCUCGUCCAUGGCCACAAGAUCCACAGGGCCACCCUCCUCCACUGUGGGGACCAUCCCUCCAUCUUCAACAUUGACCACCAUGGCCACCUCGCCUACCUCCACAAGAUCCACAGGGCCACCCUCCUCCACUGUGGGGACCAUCCAUCCAUCCUCAGAGCAGACCACAGUGACCACCACGCCCAUGACCACUUCGUCCAUGGCCACGAGAUCCACAGGGCCACCCUCCUCCACUGUGGGGACCAUCCCUCCAUCUUCAACACUGACCACCACGGCCACCUCGUCCCUGGCCACCUCGUCCAUGGCCACAAGAUCCACAGGGCCACCCUCCUCCACUGUGGGGACCAUCCCUCCAUCUUCAACACUGACCACCACGGCCACCUCGUCCAUGGCCACGAGAUCCAUAGGGCCACCCUCCUCCACUGUGGGGACCAUCCCUCCAUCUUCAACACUGACCACCACGGCCACCUCAUCCCUGGCCACCUCGUCCAUGGCCACAAGAUCCACAGGGCCACCCUCCUCCACUGUGGGGACCAUCCCUCCAUCUUCAACACUGACCACCAUGGCCACCUCGCCUACCUCCACAAGCUCCACAGGGCCACCCUCCUCCACUGUGGGGACCAUCCAUCCAUCCUCAGAGCAGACCACAGUGACCACCACGCCCAUGACCACCUCGUCCAUGGCCACGAGAUCCACAGGGCCACCCUCCUCCACUGUGGGGACCAUCCCUCCAUCUUCAACACUGACCACCAUGGCCACCUCGCCUACCUCCACAAGAUCCACAGGGCCACCCUCCUCCACUGUGGGGACCAUCCAUCCAUCCUCAGAGCAGACCACAGUGACCACCACGCCCAUGACCACCUCGUCCAUGGCCACGAGAUCCACAGGGCCACCCUCCUCCACUGUGGGGACCAUCCCUCCAUCUUCAACAUUGACCACCACGGCCACCUCGCCUACGGCCACAAGAUCCACAGGGCCCCCCUUCUCUACUGCUGUGACCCUCCCUCCAGCUUCAGCGCCAACCACCACGGCCACCUCACCUAUGACCACGGGAUCCACAGAGCCCAUGUCCUCCACUGCAGUAACCACUUCCCCAUUAUCACUGCCAACCAGCACAGCCACAACUUCUUCAGCCUUUACUGCUAGCUCCCCACAGUCUUCCUCGAGCAGCAGCCCACUCAUCCCAAGUAUGUCUCCCAUCGUGUCCACCAGCUUACCCUUGACCUGCAUGUGCCAGGCGCGUGGACAAGUAUUCUCACCAGGGGCCGUCAUCUACAACGAGACUGAUGGAGCUGGCUGCCAUUUCUACGCCAUUUGUGGACCACAUUGUGAGCUCCGCCGCUUCCAGGACAACUGCUCCUCUCCGGCCCCACCUGUGUCCUUGCCCACAACACCUCCAACUCCACCGCCCCCAGAGCCUCCCGGCUGUGACAAUGCCAUUCCGCCACGGCAGGUGAACGAGUCCUGGACCUUGGAGAACUGCACGGUGGCCAGGUGUGAGGGCAACAAUCGUGUCGUCCUUCUGGCACAGAAGCCUGUUGCCAACAUCACCUGUGCCAAUGGGCAGCUACCUGUCACAGUGUCGGACCCCAGCGAGCCCUGCAAGUUCCACUAUGAGUGUGAAUGCUCCUGCAGCGCCUGGGGGAAUUCCCACUUCCUGACCUUCGAUGGCACUGCCUACUCCUUCUCCGGCAACUGUACCUACGUGCUGAUGAGGGAGAUCCACCCCGGCCCCGGGGACCUGAGCCUCUACCUCAACAACCACUACUGCAGGGCGACCAUGGUCCCCCACUGCGCCCGUGCCCUCAUGCUCCACUUCAAAGCCAUGGAUAUUGUCCUCACCACCACGACCUCCCCCAGCGGCAGGGAGAGGAGCCUGAUCCUUGUUGACAACCAGCGGGUGAGCAGCGGCUUCCUCAAAGACGGUGUGAGUGUGAGUGUGGCGGCAGCCUCAACUAUGCGUGUCGACAUCCCUGCCCUUGGCGUCAGCGUCACCUUCGACGGGCAGCUCUUCCAGGCCCAGCUGCCCUUCAGUCGCUUCAGCCACAACACAGAGGGCUUGUGCGGCACCUGCACCAACAACCAGAGAGAUGACUGCCGCCAGCCAGAUGGUACCACAGCAUCCUCCUGCCAGGACAUGGCCAAGACCUGGCUGGUCAAUGACAACAGCACCGAGGGUUGCUCAGCCCCAACCAGCGCACCUCCGACCAGCACCAGCCCACAGAGCUCAGCGACCAGCACACCCGCCUCCACCCCAUGCCCCCCGUCCCCACUCUGCAAGCUACUGCUGGGCUCGAUCUUUGCCGAGUGCCACAGCUUCGUCCCGCCCGGCCCCUUCUUCACAGCUUGUGUCAGUGAUAGCUGCCUGUCCGGCAGCCACCCUGGCCUGGCUUGCCAGAGCCUGGAGGCCUACGCAGGGUUGUGUCGUGCCCGGGGCAUUUGCAGUGACUGGCGCAACUCCACCAGCGGGCUGUGCGACCUGCCCUGCCCACACUCCAAGGUGUACCGGCCCUGUGGCCCUGUGCAGCCUGCGUCCUGUGACUCCAGAAGUCAGAGCGCUGUGGACGAGGAGCUGACCGAAGGCUGCUUCUGCCCUGAAGGCCAGAUCCUCUUCAAUACGCACACGGGCGUGUGUGUGUCCCAGUGCCCUUGCGUGGGGCCAGACGGGUUUCCCAAAUUCCCGGGAGAGCAGUGGAUCAGUGGCUGCCAGAGCUGCGUGUGCGAUGCCAACUCUGUGUCAGUGCACUGCCAGCCAGUGCAGUGUGAGGCCCAGGAUGGAGCGGGGCAGUGCAGCGGGGCUGGCUUCGUGCCUGUCACCAGGUCCCGGGCGGACAACCCCUGCUGCCUGGAGCAGCUCUGCGUCUGCAACACCACCACCUGCCCCCAGAGCCCGCCUGAGUGUGGGCCGGCCCAGGAGCUGACACGCACCCAGGGUGACGCCGACUGCUGCCCCACCUUCAGCUGUCGACCUAAGCUGUGCAGCUACAAUGGAACCGUCUAUGGGGUUGGGGCGACCUUCCCAGGGGUCAUUCCCUGCCACACCUGCACCUGCCUCGUGGAGGACACCCAGGACCCCACUGUGCGGUGUGAGGAGGACGCCUGCAGCACCUCCUGCCCCCAGGGCUUUGAGUACUCCAGGGUGUCCGGGCAGUGCUGCGGGCAGUGCGUGCAGACGGCCUGCCUCACGCCCGAGGGCAGGCUCGUCCAGCCCAACGAAACCUGGACCGAUGGCCGUGUGGAUAACUGUACCCGAUACCGCUGUGAGGCUGGGCACGGGUCCCCCGUGCUGACCCCACAGCCCGUGGCCUGCCCCGACGUGUCCAGCUGCAGGGGCACCCUCAGGAAAACCGGCUGCUGCUACUCCUGUGAGGAGGGGGACCCCUGCCUCGUUCGUGCCAACACCACCGUUCUGCAGCACGGGGACUGUGUGGCCGAGGAGCCCGUCAGCCUCACCUUCUGUGAGGGCGCCUGCCCUGGCAGUGUGUCCAGAUACUCCAUGGAGGCCCAGACCAUGCAGCACUCCUGCUCCUGCUGCAAGGAGACGAGCACCCAUGAGGAGGUGGUGACCCUGCGAUGCCCAGACGGCACGACCAUCCAGCGGGUCUACACCCAGGUGGACGAGUGUGCCUGCUCCCUGUCCUGCCUGCCACCGCCCACAGCACCCACCCUCAGCUAG